UGAGCGUGCGCGCCCCCGUCGCCUCUGCCGGUGCUGCUCCCGCGCCCUCUGCCGCUGCCCCAACCGCCGUCUCCGCUGCCGCCGCCGCCUCCGGGUUCCGAGGCGCAGCUCCGGCUGAGGAGCGCGUCGGCCGGCUGCCCAGCAGCGCCGCGCAGGGAGGAGCGGAGCCGGCGGGCGGGCGGGCAGGCGGACAGGUGCUGGACUCCUGGACUCCUCAGGCAAAGACUAGUCACCAACUCAGCACAGCUGGCCUGUUCCUGGACCUUGAGGCUGGUGGCAGAGGACACCUGAUUUCCCCCGUGACACUCUAGUGGAGCCUCCUCACGGCGUUGAGCUUGGAGCUGUGUGCCUGUGGUGCCAGGAGCCUCCUAGGUGCCUUUCCCAGUACCACACAUGCUAAGAAUGAAGUCAGAUCUGUCCAUUUGCAGUUCACGUCUCUCUCUUAGUUACAAGACCGUGUCCCAACUGAGCAGGAAACUUAAAAGUAAACUUGACAUACAGUGAAAGGCACAGAUCUUAACUGGAUUUCAGUGAGUUUUGGUGUCCUGUUUGUCUUACUUGGAGCACAAACCCCACAAGCCAAGGUUGAUCAGUUCCUGCUUCCAGCAGUCCUGUGUAUUUUUUAAAAAGAAAGAGGAAAAGAUCAUCUAUUAGCUACGUGCUUAUCACUUCCAGUGGCCUUCAUUCCUUCUAAAGACGCUGGUUUCUAUCUGGUGUCGUUUCCCCUCCGUCCAGACUAGCCUGCCAUGGCAGACCAGAGACAGCGCUCACUCUCUACCUCUGGGGAGUCCCUGUACCACGUUCUGGGGCUGGACAAGAACGCAACCUCGGAUGACAUUAAGAAGUCCUACCGGAAGCUGGCCUUGAAAUAUCACCCUGACAAGAACCCAGAUAACCCAGAGGCCGCAGACAAGUUUAAGGAGAUCAACAACGCCCACGCCAUCCUGACGGACUCCACGAAAAGAAACAUCUACGACAAGUACGGCUCGCUGGGGCUCUACGUGGCUGAGCAGUUUGGGGAGGAGAACGUGAACACCUACUUCGUGCUCUCCAGCUGGUGGGCCAAGGCCCUGUUCGCGCUCUGCGGGCUCCUCACCUGCUGCUACUGCUGCUGCUGCCUCUGCUGCUGCUUCAACUGCUGCUGCGGGAAGUGCAAGCCCAAGGCGCCCGAGGGCGAGGAGACCGCCUUCUACGUGUCCCCCGAGGACCUGGAAGCGCAGCUGCAGUCCGACGAGAGGGAGGCUGCAGACACGCCAGUCGUCGUCCAGCCGGCGUCCGCCACGGAGACCACCCAGCUCACAGCCGACUCCCACCCCAGCUAUCACACCGAUGGGUUCAACUAAAUUCAGGAGAAGCUGUGAUUCGAGGGUCAGUCAGCACCCAGCCACUCGACCUUAGAAUCAUGGACUGUAGUCCCAGAGGUGGGGCGGGAGCCGCCCUGGCCCCGGGAGGGCAGCGCCAGCCCGCCUCUGUGCCCGCCCACCCGCCGAUCCCUGACACACGAAGUGCGUAGCAUGCAGUGUUUAAAGCAGUUUAGCUACGGUC